CUCCCAACGGACCCAAACGUGGCUAACGUGCGCCGUUUCGUAGCUUAAACGAUUAAUCUCGAAUCUGCGAAUCCAAGCUUUUAUUGCACAUGGUGCGCAGUGCACGCCCGGAGCAAUCUAACCGCCGCACGCCACUCGCCGCGCGUCGCUGACCGUCCGAUAUAACCCGGCCCGGCCCGCAAAGAUGGACAGGUUCAAUCUCCAGAGGCGGGUCAAGAUGAACGAAUCCAAGUACGACGAAGAGCAAUCCCAAAACGACGACGCACAAGGCACCAGGAUGCGGCCGUCGGCGAGCAACGUCACCGAGGAUCAGGAGCCAUUCAUGGGAGUCAAGGUCCGCCGGAAAGCCUCGUUUCACCGUCAGUUCAACGGCGACUACAUCGACGUCCGCUCCAAUCCGUACUUGAUGAAAAUCUUGCAGAAACAAGGUGACAAGGAAGUUUUGUUUGCUGAUAAAGUGUUGAAAUUUACUAGUACUGGAAAAAUGAAGCGUCGGAUUUUGAUGAUCACUGACUUUGCUAUCUACGUUGUUGAUCCUGAGGCCGAUGCGCUGAAGAGGAGGAUAGCUCUUGCGGCUGUGGAGAAAAUGUGCUUGAGUGAGUUGAGUGAUAAUUUUUUCGCAGUGAUUAUUCCCACAGAGUAUGAUUUGCUCAUGGCUAGUACUCGCAAGACGGAAAUCGUUACCGUCUUGGUUGAGGCUACUAAGAGUGCUUCUGAUUACGAGCUUGAAGUUUGUUUCGGUAACAGUUUUGAGUAUAAUGCAGAUGCAGAGUUAGUGAAGGAGGUUCAGUUUGAAGAAGUUGAAGGAGGUGUUAAAACAAGAAUCCUGAGGAAGUAAUUGCAGGGCCAGCAAAGGUUGUAGGUUCUUAGACUCUGCUGGGUAUCAGUUCUGAGCCUUGUAAAGAUGAAAUCAUUCUUUAUCUAUUGCAUGCCAAGGUUCUGCUCAGCAUCAAGUCCAACCUCAAAGGAACUAUUGUCGUUUGUUCUCAUUUGUGUGUGAUUCUUAUACCAAGAAAGGUACAUGUAAUUGUUUCAGACUUUUAGCCAGUUUGAUCUGGAUGUAUGAAAUCAUUGAUAUGUCACUAAAGAUAAAUAUUAUUCAGAAUCAAGCAAAGAUUGUUUGCAAUUGCAGACAUUGCCUGUA